AUGCACGUACUGGUUGUGUAUUCUUUGCCUUUGUGUUACGACCAACAGCCCGGCCUUGUAUACCAAUCAACUGUACACACGAUUCUAAAGUCCUACAUCUUCGACCUGUUCUUGGCCGUUUCUCCACUCACCUUUCUUGGCACUCCCAAGAGCCAGAUCAUUGACCUGGCCUGGUUGAAUUAUCUUGUCGAUGCUAUCAUAUCACACAACCAGAUCUAUAUUACUCCCACACCUCUUGAAAAACCCGAACUCUUUGUUAUGUCCUACAGUUACCAGACCCCACAAUGUCCAAACCUGGAGGGCCGCAUCAUGAUGCUGCCCAAAUUAUCAGAGAUUGACGCGAGCUACACAACAUCCCUACCAGUUGGAACCGGGAUUUACAACCACCCCGUUAUUAUCCUCUCCAAACAACGUUACCACGGAAAGGUCGCGGUAUUUGUUUUGACAAGCUUUGACAGCACACCAAUUCAAAGUCGCCAUAGGGAUCCCUCCCGCCGUAAUUUCUACCUCCCAAUACACCCAGCCACUCAUCCAGAUACCAGCUGCGUUCUCACUGUUGCUCACGGAAAGUUUAUGAAAAAGCAGUCCUAUGUUAAUUUCAAGGAGAUGCACGAAAUUCCCUUCACAGUUCUUCGUCCCUGUUGGCGAGAUAAUGAUCUUCACUUGGAUAGAGUAUCUUACAAAAUGCUCGUUGUGGAGUUUUGGAAGAACAAUGUUGGCGAAUUGACCGUUGAGCUCAGGGGACACGGUAUAUUGGAGCAUACAGCCCAGCCGACGUAUGUCCAUGUUCCCAUACCGACGUCCAACCGAUAUCUGUAUCAAGGCCAAUCCCAACAGCCUGGAUAUCAAACGAGUUCAACCAGGAUAUUCAACCCUCCCAUCUCGGAGUCUUAUGGGACAUUUGCACGAACCUCGACAGACACUAUCCAACCGCAGAAUUCAACCCCAUAUCCGAUUGCUCCAACAGCUACUGCCGCUAGAAAUGCUGCGCGUGUUCAUAAUUAUCCAAUUGCUGCACAUCAAGUCCGGCAAUCUAGGCUCGCGAGACCCAGUCACAUUAUGCCACAACAAACCCAGGUUCCAACGUAUCAGUGGACUUACAAUCAGCGUAACAAUGACGCCAGCGGGUCCAGUUGUCUCGGAUUCAUCGUUAUUGUAUUUGUCUUUUUAACUGGCUGCUACUAUUACGCGAAUAAUGUCGGAGCAAAUUAA